AAAAGCGAUCUUCACUCGUGGGAGAAAGAGUCGAAAGCUUGACAACGGGCCAGCGUCGAGCGUCGAACGGCGGUACAUGGCGUACAUUUGGCGCUCGCAUUCGGUUGUUGGCUUUGGCGUUGGCGUUGUCGCUGUCGUUGUCGUGUUGGUGCUCAGUGUGUUCUCCCAUCUUCUCUCCGCUGGCACGUUACGUUGGAGCUGUGUGGAGUGACAAGAAAAUAAAAAUAUAGCCAAGCAAAAUAGAGAUCCCCUCACAAGCUGUGCCAUAUUUGUUUUGACCGCGAAAAUAUCCCAGUGCGGGCUGUCUCCAGCUGGUUUCUUGGCUGUAAAAAGGUGUAAUUGAAUAAUUAAUAAUGGUGGAAACGGCUACCACUACGACUGUGACGCGGACAACCAUUACGGCACCGGCUGGACCCGCCGCUACGGUGCCCUCAUCUUCGGCCACGCCCACGGCUCCUACGGCUACCCAGGCAGCCUCACAGGCGCGCCGCAACGAUGAGACCACCCGGGCCCUCUUCAAUCUGAAAAUCAUCAUCUUCCUGCUGCUGCUGCCUCUGAUCCUGCUCGCCGUGGGACUGAAGCAUCUCCUGGACUAUCUGUUCGCUCUGGGCCUCAAGGAGAAGGAUGUGAGCGGCAAGGUGGCGCUGGUGACUGGUGGGGGCAGCGGCCUGGGUCGCGAGAUCUGCAUGGAGCUGGCCCGCCGCGGCUGCAAGGUGGCCGUCGUAGAUGUCAACUCCAAGGGCUGCUACGAGACAGUGGAGCUGCUCAGCAAGAUUCCCCGAUGCGUGGCCAAGGCCUACAAGAAUGAUGUCUCCUCGCCGCGUGAGCUGCAGCUGAUGGCCGCCAAAGUGGAAAAGGAGCUGGGCCCCGUGGAUAUUCUGGUCAAUAAUGCCUCCCUGAUGCCCAUGACCUCGACACCCUCGCUGAAGAGCGACGAAAUAGAUACCAUUCUGCAGCUGAACUUGGGCUCCUAUAUUAUGACCACAAAGGAGUUUCUGCCCAAGAUGAUAACACGCAAGUCCGGCCACCUGGUGGCAGUGAAUGCCUUGGCGGGUCUGGUUCCCUUGCCGGGCGCUGGCAUCUAUACGGCCACCAAAUAUGGUAUUGAGGGUUUCAUGGCCGCCCUGCGCGCCGAGCUGCGUCUCUCCGACUGCGACUAUGUCCGUACCACAGUGGCCAAUGCCUAUCUGAUGCGCACCAGCGGAGAUCUGCCGCUGCUCAGCGAUGCCGGCAUAGCGACCAGUUAUCCAGGCCUGCCCACACCCUAUGUGGCCGAGAAGAUUGUGAAGGGCGUGCUGCUGAACGAGCGCAUGGUAUACGUGCCAAAAAUCUUUGCACUCAGUGUGUGGCUGCUCAGACUGUUGCCCACCAAGUGGCAGGAUUACAUGCUGCUGCGCUUCUACCACUUCGAUGUGCGCAGAUCCCACCUGUUCUACUGGAAGUGAGAUUCCGCUCCGGCAUUUUCAUGGAACAACUCUCAUUGUUCACCAUUUGCAGCUCUUAAUUUAAUGAAUAGCUAUUUACACUAACUUUAAACUAAAAGUAAAUCUAUUUUCAAACUGA